AUGUCACAUAUCUACUUGACAUUUCCAUCUGAAACCUCCUUCACUGAUGAAGACGUCUCCUAUUAUUUCAGCGACUUUGGAACUGUGGAAGAUGUGAGGAUACCAUAUCAGCAGCAAAGGAUGUAUGGGUUUGUUACUUUCUCUAAUGCUGAAACUGUGAGAAUCAUAUUGGCUCGAGGCAACCCUCAUUUCAUCUGUGACUCACGUGUGCUCGUUAAACCGUACAAGGAGAAAGGAAAGAUCCUUCAAAACAAGUGGCAACAUCAGCAUCUUCAACAGCUGUUGGAGACAGGGAGCUAUUCUGCUUCUUCAAGUCCUUCUGGAAUUGAUCUAUUUGAAUGUCACUUGGGACCAAGGAUGCUUCCAAGGAACACACAGGAGAUGAUGAGAAUUUCUAUCGGCUCUCCUGCUCAUCUCCCACCUCGGUUCAACUAUAGUCUUCUCUUUCAACCGGAGAGCAGCAUGGAAGAAGCCACAGAAGGUUGGCUGUUAUUGUUGUUGGCCUCUGCAUUUAAGCUUUCUUUUCUCGGUCUUUAUUGAUGAUCAUUCCUUACCAGGUGACAGUGAUAGAGGUGAAAGCCAUCUUCAGCUAGUUUUCUUUUAGUUUUUGGGUCCUAGUUCUGGUGACGGUCAAACGCUGCACAUGUUAAGUUUACCAUGAUUGUAUAAAAUGCAUUUGUUUUCUUGGAACUCACUCAAAGAGGUGUCAAAGCCUUGAGGCUAAAGGUUCAACCUCUAAGACCCUUAUUGAUGCUUUAACCGAACCUAUAAAACUAAACCGGAAA